GCUCGUAUAUGUUUGUGUGAAGUUUACUUAAACUCCUUCAUCUUAAAUCGUGUUUUUGUGGCUUUAUAAACGCCUGGCAUUGAUGUGAACCCCCCUGAACGGUUCCCGAGAACUUAUUGUCACUUGUGAAAAGUGUAUAUUUACAAUAUUUGUCCGAUUAGCGUGUUAAUUUAGGCUUCAUGUAUGAAACGCCACUCAUUUCAGGGUUAUGUGCUGUGAAGCGUCUGGGCCUCUGUGGGGGGCGUGACACACUGCUGAGCCUUGGCCUGAAACUGCAACCUUGUACCAACCACUGAAGGAGGAUCAGAUUCUGCUGUCAGACUGCGCCUCAUCUCUCGCUGUUCAGGCCUACCUCAGGAUGUGCAACUUACCAGUGCGGGUGGCCUGCAGAGCAAACGCUGAAUACAUGUCACCUUCUGGUAAGAUUCCCUUUAUCCAAGUAGGAAACCAGGUGGUGUCAGAACUGGGGCCGAUAGUGCAGUUCACAAAAGCUAAGGGUCAUUCUCUGAGCGAUGGCCUGGAUGAUGUUCAGAGAGCUGAAAUGAAAGCGUAUAUGGAGCUGGUCAACAACAUGCUGCUUACUGCUGAGUUGUAUAUCCAGUGGUGUGAUGACGCUACAGCUGCUGAGAUCUCCCGCCCCAGAUACAGCAGUCCUUACUCGUGGCCUCUCAGUAACAUCCUGGCCUAUCAAAAGCAGUAUGAGGUUCGCAGGAAGAUGAACGCCAUCGGCUGGGGAGGAAAAACCCUGGAGCAGGUUUAUGAGGAUGUGAGUCAGUGCUGUCAGGCUCUCUCACAGAGGCUGGGAACACAACCGUUCUUCUUUAAUAAACAGCCCACAGAACUGGAUGCGUUGGUGUUCGGUCACCUCUUCACUAUACUGACCACCAGACUGACCAGCACAGAGCUGGCAGAGAGGAUCAAGAGCUACAGCAACCUGCUGUCCUUCUGCAGACGCAUCGAACAGGCGUACUUUGAAGACAAGAGCUCUUGAAAAGCGCAGAAGAACCUCCCUGUAUUAUCUCACACUGUACAUUCUGUCCCUCCCUCCCUUAUUCCCUCAACGUAGCACUAAGAAGCUAAAAACAGCUCAUACUCACAUACCUGUCCCAUUGUGAAUCUUGCUUUCCAUUUUGCUUCUUGCUUGUACAUUGUUGCAUGCAGCUGGAAGAAGUCCAGAGGAUCAUAGUUGAAGUAUAAUCCCCUAAAAAUCAGAGAAAAGAUCAUUCUUAAGAGUAUUAACAUCACAUGUAUUGAAGGAGGGUCAGAAGUCCGGCUGUAGAUGGUCUGACGGGGCUCAAGGUCACUUCAGCAGGGUGGAUGCUUCCCAACCCAGAGGCCAAGAUUUAUUUAUAUGCUCUUAUUUUUCCAUAUAAUUAGAGUUAGCACACACACACACACACACACACAGAUGCCGUCUACAUGCAUCUCAGUGCAUUUACAGAUAGCUGCGGACUCUCACAGAGCGUUGGUAUGAAUUUAACAGCAGGACUCGGGCUUGAAGUCAAAUGUUUUGCUGAUUUUUUUUCUUCCUUUCGGGGAAUUUAGAAGCUUGUAAGAAUAUGCGAGGCAGGCAUACUUGCUUUUCUUCUGUACAAAAACACAUGAACAUAAUGAUAAUUAAGUUUUUCCACCACUGUUUCUUUGUGUGAAUUUAAAGUGCCUACAAAAAUAAAUGUCAUGAAUUCAA